AUGGAGCGUCCGUUGCGUACGAUGGUCUCCUCGAAGGUCCUGGGACAAUUGCAGGAGGAUGCCUUUGGUGCCACAGGCACCGAUGCUGCAUCGCCGCCGCGUCAGGUGGGUCAGCGCAGAGUUUCCUUCCGUGUGGGCCGCUCGCCCUCCAAGACUCUCAAGACGAAGACCAGCCAGGUCCUUGCUGAGGAAGUCUUUGGCCUUGUCCCAGAUGCCAAACGAGAGGUCGACGAGGACGGCGACGCGUCUGACGCCCUGAGGUCGAGCGUCACUUUGCGAAGGCGGAUUCGACGGAUCAUCUGCAGCGCUUACUUCGAGUGCUGCACAAUGGUCAUGAUUCUCCUCAACUCCCUGCAAAUCGGCGUCCAGAUCGACUUCAUCGCUGCCGCACAGUCUCGGACUGUUCCCAUCGGCUUUCGUGUCACAGACAUCAUCUUCUGCGUCUUCUUCACUGUUGAAGUAGGCCUCCGUCUUUUCGUUCACCGGUGCCGCUUCUUCACGAUGUACGGUUGUGCCUGGAACAUCAUUGACUUGGUCUUGGUAGUCAUCCAGCUCAUCGAAGAGACAUUGAUUCUUAUCGCGACCGUGACCAGCGUCGGGGACGACGUCGCAAACGCACCAUUGAUGAGAGUGGUUGGCGUGAUGCGUGGCAUCAAGGUCAUCCGCCUGAUCCGCACUGUCCGCUUUUCGGAGAACCUGCAGCUGAUCGUGAGCUGCCUCGUUUUGUCGCUGCGCACUUUCUUCUGGACCUCAGCUUUCCUCUUCAUUAUGAUUUACAUCAUGGCCAUUGAGCUGACCGGCAUGGUCUACCAGCACGGUCUGGACAACCCUGGAAGCGCCUCCAUGGAAGAUCUGCAAACCUGGUGGGGGAAUCUGCCCCUGAGCAUGCUGUCGCUUUUUCAAGCUCUCACCGGCGGUAUCGACUGGAACGAUUGCAUGAAGCCGCUUAAAGAUCAUGUCUCUCCUGCCUAUGCCUUCUUCUUGGUGCUCUGGAUGGCUUACAGCUACCUGGCUAUCAUGAAUCUGAUCACGGGCACCUUUGUGGAGUCGGUCAGCCAGCAGGCAGCCGAUCUCAAAAUCCGCAGCCGGAUUGUCAAAGCACGGCGUGUCUUCCAGGAGCUGGACGCAGAUGGCUCUGGAUCCAUCUCGGUAGAGGAGAUUCGCGAGCACGCGUCUACGCCGGCCGUUCUCGAGUUUUUCGAAUCGGUCGAUGUGCACCCGGAGGAGGCGCAGCACCUCAUCGAGGUGCUGGACAUGAAGGACGAUGGGAACAUCGGCUUUGAAGACUUCCUGGAGAUCGCUGUUAGGCUCAAUGGCAUGCCGAAGGCCUCCGACCUGUUAAUGUUGUACCACGAAGUGAAGCGGUUCCACGUGCAUUCUGCUGCAGAGAUGAACCGCAUCAAAAUCGCCCUGGGUUUGGAGCCAGGGCCCCCGGCCCUCAGCAGUGACGGCAGCAUCACGUGA